AAAAUUUUGAGAAAAAUAUGUUUUGAAGAGGAGAAGAUACUAUGCAACCAACAAAUCACGCAAGAAGACAAUGGAGAAUGUUACGAUCUUCAUGGAUCGUGCUCUUUGUGUAUCUCUUGCUUCCAGCAUCGCUCAUAUCUGCUUUUCAUCCAAAUACGACGGAUAUCCUGAUGCAAGAUAUAGCAAGAAAUGUAGUGGAUCUAAUUAAAGCCACAGGGAUGCAAGAGCAACUUUUUGGAGUAACGACGACACAAAAUCGUUGUGGAGAUGACAUGGUCGCGUACGAGAUUACGGAAGCUGCGAUAUUGAUGACUCAUACUAAUACGUUUCCAUCCGGUAUACCUCAAGAUUUCUCUAUUUUAAUCGUCGCAAAGCCAAAAGCUAAUCACACAACGUCGAUUCUCUUUACUAUCUAUGGCGAUUCCGGCGAAGAACAGUUGGUUCUUUCGUUAGGACGCAAUCUCAGCCUCAUCUACAACACAAAUGCAAAUAAACAGAAUGACGCAAUUCUUUUUGACGCCGAUAUUUCCGAUGGGGAGUGGCAUCGGUUAGGAAUUAGCAUCAAGGGUGACGCUGUCACGAUUAUUCUCGAUUGUGAUAGAUAUAUCACGAGGAAGCUGGAAAGGAAUCGCGAAAAAACAAUCACCGGAAUUUUCAUGAUUGGGCAACAGCUUAGAAGUGGUUUAUAUUUAGGGAGUCUCGAGAUGCUGAAAAUCGCCCCAAAUCCAGAUGCUGCUUAUGAGAUCUGCACGAUAUUUGCACCAGACUGUAAACAUCAAUAUCAAUUAAAACGCAGACUGAAUUAUAAUGUAUCAUCAAGUGGGAAUGACAAUACUUACGAAAAAGAGAACGAGGAAAACUCGGACAAAGAUGCUACGGAUAACAUAUUAAGGUCAACAAUUAAUAUUCCUGUAACUUACGGAGCGGAAACAGUGACAAUCACAAAUAUGUACGAGGUGGAAGCAAAUAAUCGACAGUAUUACGAGGAAUCGACAAUCAAUCCUUAUAACGAAGAGUACAUACGUACUCUUCCGGCGCAUCUCAACAAAAUGUAUUACACUCGAGGUGCACCAGGUCCUCGUGGAUUCCCGGGACCACCAGGGAUACCUGGACCUCCAGGCCAGAAAGGUGAGCCCGGUCGAGAUGGAUUGACCGGAUUGCAAGGUGUAAUCGGUCCACCGGGCAACGUUUUUGUAAUACCCUUGUUGAGCCAACAAGGCACCGAUAAGGGACCGGAUUCCCAAGUAGAACUGAUAAAGCAGUUAUUAUCGCAACACAUGGUUUCAAUGAGGGGCACAGAGGGCCCGAUGGGCCUCACGGGUAUUUCAGGACCCGAAGGACCGCCUGGACCUCAGGGCGAAAAAGGAGAAGUCGGGGAUAUUGGUGAACCAGGAGUUAGAGGAGAGACAGGAAUUCUUGGAAAUCCUGGAAGAGAGGGUAGGAGGGGUCGUCCUGGCAGAGACGGCGAACGAGGCCUUACUGGACCUCCUGGGAUGAAAGGAGAACAAGGACUGAUAGGAUUGCCAGGCUUACCGGGUGAUAAGGGCGAACGAGGACCUUCUGGGACACCUGGAGAACCCGGUUUGCCAGGCCACGAAGGAAUGCAGGGCGAGGAUGGUCCUCCUGGUCUACCGGGUCUACCUGGUGAAAUGGGUCCGAGAGGAUUUAUUGGACCAAGAGGUUUCCCUGGUUUACCAGGAAAUCCCGGUAUUACUGGAAACGAAGGUCCGCCCGGUGCUAAGGGUAAUUCUGGACCGCCCGGACCAUCUGGUGCAUCGGGUCAACCAGGACCUAUAGGAGCUGUGGGAUCUCCUGGACCUCAAGGUCUACCAGGACCGAUUGGUUUAGUCGGUCCACAAGGAAAGCCUGGUAUUCCUGGUCUUCCCGGUGCUGAUGGACCUCCUGGUCUUUCGGGCAAUCCUGGAAUUCCUGGAAUGAAAGGCGAACAAGGUCCAUUAGGAUCACAAGGAUCAAUAGGCUUUCCGGGUGUACGAGGUGUGAAGGGCGACGAAGGACAGCGUGGUCUGCCUGGUGAACGCGGCGAGAAAGGCGAGAGAGGAUUAGAAGGUGAGAAAGGUGAUACUGGUGCGAAAGGAGAGCCUGGGGCGACGGGACCUCAAGGAAUUCCAGGCCUUGAAGGAUUAGAAGGGCCGAAGGGCUUUGAGGGACCUCGCGGUGAAACUGGUUCUGCUGGUCCGUCUGGAGAGAAAGGGAAAAUAGGUCCACCAGGAUAUGUUGGAUAUCCUGGACAGCUUGGAGAAAAGGGAGACAAAGGACAAUUAGGGCCGCAAGGUCCUACUGGCGAUAAAGGAGAAAGAGGAAACAAUGGAGUGCAAGGAGAACGUGGUGAAACAGGGCCAAGGGGUUUCAGAGGGACACGUGGCAGAAGAGGCGCGGAAGGCUUGCCAGGACCAAAGGGCGACACUGGUCAGCCAGGAUCUCCGGGUGUGCCAGGCGAGGUCGGUCCUCCCGGUGUUGAAGGUCCACGUGGAUUCGUGGGACCACCUGGUCCACCAGGUCUCGACGGGAAAGAUGGCGUACCGGGACCACCCGGUGAACGUGGUCCAAUUGGAGAAUCCGGGCUCGCAGGAUCACCAGGAUCCCCUGGUAACAUCGGUCCCCAAGGACCAGUCGGAGAACCUGGUCAACCGGGCGAACCUGGGGCACCUGGUAGUCCGGGAGUUCCGGGAGAAAUUGGUCCUCCAGGUGAACAAGGAAAAGAAGGAUCACUGGGUCCGCCUGGUUUAACAGGGACUAAAGGUCCUCCAGGUCCUAGCGGAUUACCAGGAUUUCCCGGCGAAAGAGGAUUGAACGGUCUGCCAGGACUGCCUGGUUCGAAAGGAGAAAUGGGACCUGUCGGAGCACAGGGACCGUCUGGCGAUAAGGGUCUUCAAGGCGAUUCUGGUAAAGAUGGUGCGCCAGGCCCGGAAGGAAAACAAGGACCGAAAGGAAAGAGAGGACUUGUCGGACUUAAAGGCGAAAAGGGCGAUCCUGGAUUACCAGGACCUACAGGUCGUGACGGUUUACCAGGUCAACGAGGCUUACCUGGUGUACCUGGACCAGUUGGAUCUCCGGGUGAGGAUGGUGACAAGGGAAACGUAGGUCCACCCGGUGAGAAAGGAUUCAAAGGAUCUCAGGGGGAAAUGGGACCUGUGGGUCCGCAAGGGACACAAGGACCACGUGGUGAACCUGGUUUAAUUGGUCCACCUGGAGAGAAGGGACCGCCAGGUGAGAUUGGACAACAAGGAGCAAAAGGCAAGACUGGUCUAGUCGGAGCGAUAGGACCAGCUGGGCCUGUGGGACCGCAAGGUUUACCGGGUCCGCCAGGUGUGAGAGGAGAAGUUGGAGAUCCUGGAGCGAUUGGUCUCAUGGGGCCACCAGGUAUUUUAGGAGAACGAGGUUCGAAGGGACCGAGAGGUCUCAAAGGUGUCGAAGGAUUACCGGGUUUAGAAGGUCGACAAGGUGAAAAAGGAGACAGUGGAAUACCAGGAUCUCCUGGAAAACCAGGAGCAGAGGGCAAACUGGGAGAAAGAGGUCCUCCAGGACCGAAAGGAGAAGAGGGCAAGGAGGGACCUUCUGGAUCUCCUGGACCACGAGGAUUAAUUGGCUUCGAAGGACCAAAAGGUGAUAUUGGAUUACCUGGCUUUCCCGGUUCACCAGGAGAACCUGGUCUCAUAGGUCAGAAGGGUGAGCCUGGAAAGGACGGCGAGGAUGGACGAGUAGGCGAUCCUGGUGCACCAGGUGAAGCUGGACCACCUGGCAAGGAAGGCUUACCGGGUCCUCCUGGAAAUUUGGGUCCGGAAGGCCCGGCAGGUCUGCAGGGUAAUCCAGGAUUACCAGGAGACAAAGGAGAUAUGGGCCCGUUUGGAGUGUCGGGACUUCAAGGACAAAUCGGAAUCCAAGGACCAUCCGGCCUGCCCGGUUUUCCAGGAGAAAGAGGUUUGCCAGGACUAGCCGGGGAAAAUGGCCCUCCAGGAAUGCCGGGAGCCAUUGGUGCCCCUGGGAUGGUGGGGCCAGUCGGUCCGAGUGGCCCAAAGGGUGACAAAGGUCGUAGAGGCGUUAAAGGACAUCGAGGAGAAUUAGGACGCGUUGGGCUCAAGGGCGAGCAAGGAGAGGCGGGAGAAAAAGGCGAACGGGGAUCAUCUGGACCAGCAGGAGCCAAAGGAAAUGUCGGACCUGCGGGUUUAAUCGGCUCCAAAGGGGAGCAAGGACCUCCCGGUUUGCCAGGAGAGCCAGGAUUGCCCGGAGCUAAAGGAAACUCGGGGAACGACGGAAUACACGGUAGUCCAGGUCCACCAGGUCUGCCAGGUCCACCAGGACCUCCUGCCCCACUGAUGGAAUCCUUUGAUGGAGUGAUGCUGCCACAUCACUCGGCUAAAAGGAAACGCGAUGCUUCGAAAGAGGAUAUAAACGAAGAAGAAGCAGAUUUGGAUCCAAAGUACUUAGACAUAUAUAGAUCUAUUUUCAAUAUACGCAAAGAAUUAGAUCGACGAUACAGACCAACUGGUACUAGAAAUAAUCCGGUAAGAACAUGCAGAGAUUUGUUUUACGGACAUCCUCAUUUCAAAGACGGUUGGUACUGGAUCGAUCCAAAUCUGGGCAUGCCUGACGACGCUAUCUAUGUAUAUUGCAACAUCUCGAAUAUGGGCGAGACCUGUGUAUUUCCCGAUGUUCAUAGUAGUCACAUGCCAAAUAUACCAUGGAAGAAGGAAAAUAAUAAAACUGAUUGGUAUUCGCGUUUACGCGGAGGAUUCAGAAUAACUUACGAAACGAUCGGAGUAGUGCAAAUGAACGUCCUGCGUCUGCUCAGUCAAGAGGUCUAUCAAAACUUUACAUACACGUGCGUCAACAGUGUUGCUUGGAACAAUAAUGAGGAUCCAACUCACGGUUACGAUCUUUCGUUGCGAUUGCUCGGUGAUAACGAGGAUGAAUUCUCGUAUAAUCUUAUCAGACCCCAGAUCGUGAAGGACGGCUGCAAAAAUCGAAAGGAUAAGGCCGAGACCGUGUUCCUGAUUCGCACCAAGAAGCCGCAACAGCUGCCCCUGGUUGACUUUUACCCGGUCGACUAUGGAUCACCCAGGCAGGCCUUUGGUUUUACUAUCGGGCCGAUGUGUUUCAAGUAAAUAAAAAGCAUUAAAUAUAGUUUAAUCUUUGAAAGUUAUUAUCUCUUUUGGUAGAUGAAUUAGUGCAGAAAUAUAUGUUGUGUGUAUACAAUAAAUAUUUCUCUAGCGUCUCCAAUCAGAAACAGAAGCUUACUUAAUGCAUGAUUCUUGCUAUAAGAUAUAUUUUAAGUUUUUCCUUCUUCAAUUUUUUUAUAGAAAAUA